GUAACUAGCGCCACCACCUCCGGGCCUGAGCUGAGGGGCCCGGGGAAGCCUCCGCCGCCGCCGUCGCCAUGGAGCUGGGCCUGGCCCUGGCUCUGGCCCGCGUGGAUUACGUGCAGGUGGGAGUGACAUCUCAGAAGACAAUGAGGCUCCUGCCAGCAUCAGGACGUAGGGCAACACAGAAGGUUGUUAUUGGAGAUCAUGAUGGCGUAAUUACAUGUUUUGGCAUCAAAAAAGGAGAAGCUAUGCCAGUGUUCAAGACAUUACCAGGGCAGAGGAUCACAAGGUUGGAGCUGGGAGGAGCUCUUAAUACACCGCAGGAGAAAAUUUUUCUGGCUGCAGGAUCAGAGGUUAGAGGUUUCACAAAGAGAGGGAAGCAGUUCCUUUCGUUUGAAACUAACCUCACGGAAAACAUCAAAGCUAUGCAUAUAUCAGGAGCAGACCUUUUUCUUUGUGCAAGCUAUAUCUAUAACCAUUACUGUGACUGCAAGGACCAGCACUACUACCUAUCAGGCGAUAAAAUCAAUGAUAUUCUCUGUCUUCCAGUAGAAAAACUCAAUUGCAUAACACCAAUAUUGGCCUGUCAGGAUAGAGUCCUUCGAGUUUUACAGGGGUCUGAUUUGUUGUAUGAAGUAGAAGUUCCUGGACCACCAAGUGUUCUUGCCUUAAACAAUGGAAAUGGUGGUGAUUCUGGAGAAGAAGUUUUGUUUGGAACAUCUGAUGGCAAACUUGGUCUUAUUCAGUUUUCUCGUUCAUCUCCAGUUCAUAAAUGGGAAAUCAGGAAUGACAAGAAGAGAGGAGGUAUCUUGUGUAUAGAUACCUUUGACAUUGUAGGAGACGGAGUUAAAGAAUUACUUAUCGGCCGAGAUGAUGGUAUGUUAGAAGUAUAUAAUUUUGACAGUACAAAUGAUCCUGUCCUUCGCUACGAUCAUGCAUUGUCAGAAAGUAUCACAUCAAUCCAGGGUGGCUGUGUAGGAAAAGAUGGGUAUGAUGAAAUAUUAGCAUCCACAUAUUCUGGAUGGGUAACAGGACUGACUACAGAGCCUGUCAAUAGGGAAGGUGGAUCUGGUGAAGAACUAAAGAUAAGUCAAGAAAUGCAAAACAAGAUUUCAUCCUUAAGGAGUGAGUUGGAACAUUUACAGAUAAAGGUACUGCAAGAACGUGAAAAAUACCAGCAGUCUUCUCGAUCCAGUACUGCUGUUUCAGCAGUACCAGCAUUUAGUGUGAAUGACAAGUUUACAUUAAAUAAGGAUGAUUCCAGCUACAGCCUUAUCUUAGAAGUGCAGACAGCUAUUGAUAAUGUUUUGAUACAGAGUGAUGUCCCAAUAGACCUACUGGAUGUGGAUAAAAAUUCCGCUGUUGUUAGUUUUAGUGGCUGUGAUUCUGAGCCAAAUAGCAACUUUCUCCUUGCAACUUACCGAUGUCAAGCAAAUACCACUAGACUGGAGCUUAAGAUUCGAUCAAUUGAAGGCCAAUAUGGAAUACUACAAGCCUAUGUAACUCCAAGAAUUCAGCCAAAAACUUGCCAAGUUCGCCAAUAUCAGAUUAAACCACUUUCACUUCAUCAACGAACUCACUCUGUUGAUCAUGACAGACCUAUGAACACACUGACACUAAAAGGCCAGUUCAGUUUUACUGAAAUUCACUCCUGGGUUGUGUUUUGCCUGCCUGAAGUCCCUGAAAAAACUCCAGCGGGAGAGUGUAUCACCUUUUAUUUUCAGAACACCUUUUUGGAUACACAGCUUGAAAGCACUUACAGAAAAGGGGAAGGUUUUUUCAAAUCAGACAAUAUAUCCACCAUAUCCAUUCUGAAAGAUGUACUCUCCAAAGAAGCUACCAAAAGGAAAAUUAAUCUCAAUAUAUCAUAUGAUAUAAAUGAAAUUUCUGUGAACCACACACUAAAGUUAAUCCACCCAAAACUAGAAUACCAACUGCUAUUGGCGAAGAAAGUUCAAUUGAUAGAUGCUUUAAAAGAGUUGCAGGUUCAUGAGGGAAACAUGGACUUCCUGAUACCAGAAUAUCGUUGCAUUUUAGAGGAGGCGGACCACCUGCUGGAGGAGUACAAGAAACAACCUGCACAUCUUGAGAGACUUUAUGGUAUGAUUACAGAUCUCUUCAUAGAUAAAUUUAAAUUUAAAGGCACCAAUGUGAAAAGCAAAGUUCCUCUUCUUCUAGAAAUUCUGGACAGCUAUGACCAAAAUGCAUUGAUUACUUUCUUUGAUGCUGCUGCCUAAAUUGGGAGAAAUGGUAAAGAGAGGUAUGAGUCUAUUAAGGAAAACAGUAGUGAUGUGAAACAGGAACACCUGAUAUUUAAUAUCUUGAAUUUAAAAAUGUUUUAACUACAUCCUGAUUUGUUUUUUAAAUACUUUAUCUUUUUUGUGUGUUGCUAUUUCUUUAGUUGAUCCCAUUCCUAGUAUUUAUUUAAACUUUUGCAAUCCAGCUGAAGACAAUAGAUGUAAAAUAUAUUGCUUAUGUUAAAUUCAUAUACAGAAUAUUAUAUUUACUUUAGUGCUGAUCAUAAAACCCAAAACUUCAUAGUUGCAAAUAUUCAAAAUCCUUUUUAUAAAAUAUUUUUAACCUAGUCAAACAGGACAUGGAAAAAGAUUCCACAGUUGUAAGAGUUCAACAGAAAGUACUCUUUCUUGGCAUCUAUUUUACUGUAAAUGUAUUGGGAGCUUAAUUGAAUGUAUAGCCAUAGCACAUUUUGUUUACUGUAUACCAAAAAUGGUACCAUAUUGUAAAUUUAGUGCAUAGUAUAGACAAUUGUAUAUACAGGAGAUGAAAAAGUGAUUCCUGUCCUUAAAGGGUAAUUACAUGUAUAGUUUCAUUCUGUUCCAUGUAUAAUCUGUUUGGGUAAGUUUACAAUUCUUGAGGCUACACAAACACUUGGGCAUAUGCUCUUUACACUGGAUUUAAUUAACUUUCCUCCUAGUACUCAUAUACCUGAAAUUUUUGCUGUCACAAUUCAUCAUGCACUCAUCCUCUUCCCAGUCCCUUCUCAAAACUCUCUACUACAAAGUCCAGAAACUUUAAUAUAUUUUAGUAAAAAUGGUAUCUCCUGUGCUUUCUAAAAAUGUUGUGAUAAGACAUUUCUGUUUAUCUUGUUUGGGGUUAAGCCCACUCAAGAAGGGAUAGUAUCUUUUGUCCUGUACAGCAUCAAACAGAGAUAAACAUUUUGUCAGUGAGUAAAACGGCAUUUUAAUAUAUACACUUUCAAAGAACCAAUACAGUUAUGGACUAUACUGAUGAUACAGAGAUGAUAAACUAAGCCUGUCUCCUAGCAUUACCCGGUCAUGCCAGAAACAGAGUUUUUGUUUUUGUUUUAAAUGAAAGUUUAGAUUCCAUCCUCAUGUUUGCAAAGAAAAACUUGAAAAUAUGAUGCUAAUGUUACUGGUGCUGUGAAGUGUGCUAGACCCAGAGGAAGCAACUUUUCCUCAAACCCACUCUUCAGGCAAGUCAAAGUACUCUCCUACACUGGCUUUUGAUAUGGUGUGGCUUAAACAUCACUGGUCACGGAAGGCAGAAAAGUAAAAUGCCAGUAUUCUCUCAGGUGCGGUCCAGUUUGAGCAACAGAUGAAACCUCUUCCCUUGCUGGUGAGUGUUUUAACUACUCAACUGCACAGUCAGGCUGCCCCUCAGCUAGAAGAGAAAAAAAUAGAGCCUCAACACCUUCCUGAUUGUCCAUGUCACAAUACUUUGUUUGUCACAUUUUUCUUUACAAUCUUCUCUGCUGUUUUUAUGAAAUGCCCACUGAAACAAAAGCAAGGCCCUGGCUGUUCCCAGCUUGUGUUCAUAAAUCCUAUUAGUACAAGCACAAAGCUUGGUAGGAAUGGAGUUCAGUUGAUUGAGUGUAACAAAGCAGUAAACGAUUAUAUAGUGUCCUGGCAGUUGUACCAAAUGAUGAGAAAACAAAAACAUGUUUCACAGUUCUUUAAUUUUGAAUUGAUUUUGGGAUUUAAAAAAACAAACAGAUAAACUAUUUCCAGUUGUUUAGUUGGUGACAUUUUCUGAUAACUAGAAUAAAUUUGAAGGGGAAAUAUCCCUGCCAAGGCAUUUGGGGUGUUGUAUAGUGUUUAAAAUGUCUUUACUCUUCUGUAGACAAGGUUCCUUGGGUGAAUCUGAUAUCUUUUAUUAGACCAACCCAAAUAGUUGGAGAAUAGUUAUUAAGCAAGCUUUCAGGUUCAAAAACCCUUCUUCAGGCUAAGGAAGUUUCAGGAGCUGGUGUGUGCUCUUCCUGGAUGGAAUGAAAAGUAUCUUCCUGGAUACUAAAAAUCACGGACUAAAUACAGACAUUGGAUUUAUGACACAUUAUAACCUGCCUGACAUCUGACUCCCCAGGUAUCUCUCCACUAUUCAUCCCCCUUCUCUUCCCGCCCCCCGCCUGUCUCUCACCCAUUGACUCCUCAGUCUACAUUUUCACUGACUACCCGUCUUGUAUGCAUACCAGCCCAGCCCCUGGCUUCUUUACUUUUCAUUCCAUCCAGAAAGAGCACACACCAACUGCUGAAGCUUCCUUAGCCUGACGAAGGGUUUUUGAACCCGAAAGCUUGCUUAAUAACUAUUCUCCAACUAUUUGUGUUGGUCUAAUAAAAGAUAUCAGAUUCACCCAAGGAACCUUGUCUGCCUAUGUCCUUCGACCAACACGGCUACAACCUACACCCUUUACUCUUCUGUAAUAUACUUAGUAAAACCCAGUCAGUUCUAAAAAAGAUGAAUUCAACCUUAGUAUUUUUCAGAUGCCAAAAUGCUAGGAUCUUUUACUUUUGUUUUGUUCACUGUUUAUCCUUGUGCUCUACAUUCUGGGAAAAGGAAUAGUUCAAGAGCCAAAUAGAAAAUGAUUAACUGAUUAUCUUGCAAGACUUCUACAAACAGAAUAGUUGUGCCUGCAUUGAAACUCACCCCCAAGAUGGAAGAGUCCAGUUAUGUUCUCACAAAACAAGAGAUCUCAAGGGAAAACCCUGGUAGUUGAUAUCGAGUCUUUAAUGACAAUUAAGCUGGGCUGCUCAGCUGGAAGGCAUCAGAAGCUAUCCAUCAGUGCUUUGGGCUCACUGCUGUCAAGAGUGCUGAUCCUGCAGUGGUGUGGGGGAGGGGGCAUGCACCCAGUGCAGCAGUGGAGGAGGAUGCAUGGGGACGAGGUAUUGGAGCGCUAUGCAGUAGCAGCAUUGUUGAUGUGGCCUCUAGUGCAGCCCACAGUGUUCAGGCCCCAGCUGCUGAAAGGAUGGGCUGACCUGAUCUACAGUUUCCAACACUGCAGCUCGCUGCAUUUGUAUUUUCCCGUAAGAUCUACCAUCCAGUAUGAUUCAUCUUAACACUUAGGUUUGACAGUAUAAUUUGCAGGGCUCUGAACUAUGCUGUUAUUUCUUCAUCUUCACAGAAAAAAUGCGUUGUGUUUGAUCUUUAUAUAAUCUAAAUUGUGUUGGACAAGGAAGCCCAGCUUACGUGUGUCUGUAGAGUAGUUGGCUUUUGAUCUAGCAGAAAAUAGAUCCUUUUUUCUUGCAGUGAAUUAUGGUGAUGAUUAAAUAAAGAGGCACAGAAAUACGAACUAAAAUUAUUGUGCACUCCCCUCCCCGCAAAAGAAGCUAGCCAGUUGGUGGAGCGGGUAAUAAUGGAAUUGGCAAUAGCCUGUUGCCUAUAAUGGUAUAUCCCUUCAGUCUUCAGACAAAGCAGAAGAACAUGAUCCUUCGAGGUGUGAAACACCCAAACUCUGAUCUUGAAAAAUAGUUACAUGCUUUGCUGAAUUGUAGCCUUAAUGCACAUACUUAAAGUUCAUCUGUUUUGAGCAAA